AUGAAUACACUGGAUCAAAGGGUAAAGGUCAUGGAGGCAAAAGUGUCGGAACAAGAGAAUAGCAAGGAUUUUGACUCCAAUAACGCCGAUUUUUUUAAAGAAAAACAAAAAGUAAUAGAGUCACUAGUUAGCAAACUCGAAGCUAGUCAAGAGCAGCAAAAGAAGAAAGAGGAUGAAUUUCAAUCUACAUUGCUGCAAAUGAAAGCGAAGGACUUGCAAAACAAUCUUAUGUUCUACAAAGUGCCCGAGGAAAAAGGUGAGACUGCUGUGUACGCAAAUCGAAAAGGACUGAAAGAAUGGACUGGAGGAUACUACUCCUGGUCGUCCCGCUUAUGCAAGGAGGUAUGUAGUGUAGAAAAGAUUACUAACUCCUUUGGAGAUACUGUUUACAACGUUGGAUGUAUAACUCAGUCGCUAUGCCACAACACGUCAUUUGCGCAUCAAGGAUCAGACCUUGUAGUGUGCCGUGAAUGCUGCCAGUUUGAUCUGUGCAAUGCUAAAGGGUGCGGAGUGUCUGGAUAUCCACAAAACAGAGGCCCGAUUUGCUACAGUUGUCCCAUGCAGACAAGUCCUGAUACUUGCCAUAAAAUCGCUUUCUGCGAAGCAGGCGACGUUUGCAAGUCUGAUGUCAUGCAUGAAUUCGGAGAUACAAUAUAUACAAUCGAUUGUUCCAGGGCUCACGAAUGUAAACACAAUCAGCAACAAGGGACAGCGAUUAUCGGCCGUGACGUUUCGAAUGUUAAAGGAAAAAGUGAUCAUGUAAAGCCCCAACGUUCGCUGACAGACCACGUUUUGUAGUGCUGUUGUAACAAUGAUUUGUG